AUGGCGUCCAUUAUUAAAGACACGGGUGAAAUUUGGAGCCGACUAUUUGAUCAUCGACCAUUCAUUCAAGGUGAAAUAACAUUCUUCCUGCGCGAAUUUCAGGAGAAAAGAGGCGACCGAGAAGUGGAACGUCUCUUCAAAAUACUUGAAUAUUCGACAGAAUUGAAAGAAAAUCAACUCGAUAGAACAGAACAACUUGGGGAUUGUCAUUUACCAAGCUUGAAAGCAAAUGUUGAUGUUGCUCUGAGCAUGUGUGAAAGAGUUCUCCAAAGGGAACAAGAUUUUGACAGUGAUAUUGCAUUACAGGAAAAUAGAGAAAUAAGGAAACUAGAAUGGGAGAAGUUUGUUAAUGAUAUGAGCGAGAAAUGUAAGAAAGUAAAUCAAACUUUUGAAGAAAAAGAAAAUGAAAUAAAAGAAUUUUACAUUGAUAUAGAAGAAAAGUUACACAUCACGUCAUAA